GAGAAGAAAGAGCUGCUGCCGCUGCUGCCGUCGCGAGGGGACUUCAGGACCGCAGGACGAUGACCGAGGAGGUGCCGGCCGCGCCCGCCGCUGCGCUGCAGCCCGCCAAGGCGCCGGCGAAGAAGCCCAAGAAGGUGGCCGCGAAGGCGGCGCGGAAGCCGUCGGGCCCGAGCGUGACGGAGCUGCUGACCCAGGCGGUGUCGGCCUCCAAGGAGCGCAGCGGCGUCUCGCUGGCCGCGCUGAAGAAGUCCCUGGCGGCCGCCGGCUACGACGUGGAGAAGAACAACAGCCGCAUCAAGCUGGGCCUGAAGAGCCUGGUCACCAAGGGCACCCUCCUGCAGACCAAGGGCACCGGCGCCUCCGGCUCCUUCAAGCUCAACAAGAAGCAGCAGGGCGGCGGCGGCGGCGGGGCCAAGGAGAAGGGGGCCGCCUCCGUCUCUGCCCGGAAGAAGCCCGCUGGCGCCGCGGCCAGGACCAAGAAGCCCUCCUCCGCCGCCAAGAAGCCGGCCAGCAGCGCCGCCAAGAAGGUUAAGAAGCCCGCCGGCGCGGCCGCCAAGAAGCCCGUCAAGAAGGUGGCCAAGAAGCCUGCCGGGGCGGCCGCCAAGAAGGCGGCGGCCAAGAGCCCCAAGAAGGUGGCCAAGCCCAAGAAGGCCGCCCGGAGCCCCGCCAAAGCCAAGAGCGCCAAAGCUAAGCCUAGGACGCCCAAGGCCAAGACGGCCAAGCCCAAGAAGGCGGCGCCCAAGAGGAAGUAGGGAGCGAGCGAGCGCGCGCCCUCCCGACCACACACCCCCUCUCCCCAAAGGCUCUUUUAAGAGCCACCCACCGCUUCCCGGAAAGAGCUGAAU